AGACAAAAUGAAUUUCAAGUCUUCGGUCUUGUCCCUUUUAGUCGCUAACUCCAUCUUUCACCUCCACACAACGGAUCUUAUUUGCCCAUUCGAGCCUCAAGCUCCCCCAGCCCCAUCGUCUAGACCAGGUUUAAACUUGGUCUCCCCCCAUCCUAGAUCCCUGUGCAUGUAUGUGCCUUUGAUGUGAUGCUCCAGCUUUUUCAUAUGGGACCUCAAACUAGCAUGGCUUCGGACUAAGGUAUCGCAUCCACUUCUCCUCCACAAACAGAGUCGCGCGGCGGACUUUUCCAUGUCUUGGCCGUCUUGACGUCUACAUAUACAUACUGGAGCAUGCCCCCUCCGAUUUGAAACCCGAUCCCGUCCGCCAUUGAAGUACCUGGACCUUUUGUUUUGAUUUUCUGUCCUGUUUUCAUGACCAUAUACCCAUUGCAAUAUCAAUCCAAUCCACGAAACUUCAAUCCCGGUUCCGUCUGUCAGGGUCCCUUCAUUGGCGCACACUGACUGACCAGAAAAACGAGUCGACCAGACCAGACCCACGAAAUAUUACAUCACAUGCCUGCCUCAAUUUCCCCCACAGAGACUAUGAAGCUCAUGCCAACGGUCGAGAGUGAUUCUCCAGAGACCAAAAUCGCUGUUGCACCACAAUCUCCCACGUCCCCGGAGUCAAAUCCAAAAAAGCGCGGUGCAUCUUCCGCAGGAGGCAAUGGAAAUCCCAAGCCCGUCAAGAGGAGGGCGGCGAAGGCAUGCGCCGCGUGUAGAGCAAGAAAAGUGCGCUGUGAUGUCAUGCAACGGUAUCAUGUCAAUUCAGAGGGAGACGUCACAUGUUCGAAUUGUACGAUGGAUGGAAUUAAAUGUGUGAUAGAAGAGAGUAAACGGCGGAAAAAACAUCUGAAUGGCACUCAGAUAUCACAACAAUCAGAACCAAAACAACCACAACAAUGGCCGAACGGCAUCGUGAAUCCCUCGGAUAUCUCGAAUCCAGAAAACAGGAGAUGGAGCAGCUCUUCGUCCAACGACUUGCCUGAAGACUACGCAGCUGCGGGAGGAGCUCACGUCCCCCAUCCAAUCUGUAAGCAGCCUGGGAUACUCUCCCACCAUUCCCAUUUAACAACAGCCGCAGACCAGAAUGUGUCCAAAAAGAUCGAGAACCACACUAUGUUUCGCAGGCAGGGUUUCAUUGCCACGCAGUACGAUCCAGAUCCGACCUAUACCCUCCUGACAUCUGCAUCCCUCAGCGGUGACCUGACGAAGACGAGACUGGCAACUCCGCCGAUUCUGCUCAAGCAUCAAUUACCAGCCUACUUGAAACCGCUGCCUCAACGGAUGACCUCUGUGGAUAUCGAUUACCUGUUUGCGAAAGGCGCAUUGUCCCUGCCCGAUACGCCGGUGCGAGAUGCCCUGCUACGAGCAUACUGCGAAUUCGUACACCCGUAUAUGCCUUUGUUGGAGCUACACAAUGUUCUGGAGAUAAUGAAUGAUUCGACUGGAGAAUCUGGCAAGAUCAGUUUGUUGCUCUUCCAGGCUAUCAUGUUUGCAGGUACUGCAUUCGUGGAUAUGAGCCAAUUGGUCGCGGCGGGGUACACGAAUCGAAAGGCUGCUAGAAAAGCAUUCUUCCAAAAAGCCAGAGUAAGUAUUUUUGCGUUUAGGAAGAGAAUUGCAAAGCUAACUCUGCAGGUUCUCUACGACUUCGACUACGAAAUUGACCGCGUUUCCCUUGUUCAAUCCCUCCUGCUCAUGACAUAUUGGUACGAAACUCCCGACGAUCAAAAAGAUACAUGGCAUUGGAUGGGAGUGGCAAUUUCCCUAGCACAUACAAUUGGUCUACACCGAAAUCCAGAGAACUCCAAUAUGGAGCCCGCGAAAAAGAAGCUAUGGAAACGCAUCUGGUGGUCCUGCUUCAUGCGGGAUCGUCUCAUUGCUCUGGGAAUGCGAAGGCCAACACGCGUGAAGGACGAGGAUUACGACGUCCCAAUGCUGGUAGAAGAGGAUUUUGAGAUUGGAGUACUAUCAGAAAACAUCACCAUCAUUCCUCAAGACUGCACGCUCAUGCGAACGCCCUCCAUCCAGCUCGAACUCGCCCAAAUGUGCAUAGCGAAAGCCAAACUCUGCCUCUGCAUCUCCCACGUUCUCUCAGCACAAUACUCCGUCCUAGUCCGCCACCAAGGCAUGCAAGGCCAAGAAGGCAGCACGCGCUCCUCCGUCAUGCUCUUCCCCAAGAAACUCGACCAAACGGACGAAGUCACCCGCUGCGACGAGGAGCUGCAAGAAUGGGUUCGGGAUCUGCCUCCAGCGUGCCACUAUACCGAAUUCAUCGGCCCCGGCCAAGCAGGCGAAACAGUCUUUGUCCAGCGUUCUCUGCUCCAUAUGGUCUACUACACCACUCUCUCUGCUCUGCACCGGCCUCAGGUCCUCCCCUGCGCAGGAACAAGUGGCGCCCAACCCGAUUCCAGCAGAGAACUCCAAGAUCUCUCGAGGAAGCAAGUGCGAGAAGCGUCUCGCGAAAUUACUAAGAUCUCCCAAAACAUCCACGAGCACAACCUAGAAAAGUACCUCCCCACCACAGGCGUGACCGUGCUCCUGCCAGCCAUCAUAAUCCACCUCCUAGACAUCAAAUCCUGCAACGACGAGGCCCGUCGCGCAGCCAUGAACGGGUUCUGCCAAUGUAUGCUAGUCCUCGAGAAAUUACGCGACAACUACGCCAGCGCCGACUUCGCGACCCAAUUCCUUGAAGCCGCCAUCCGAAAAGCAGAUAUCGACAUGGUGAUACCGAGCUCCAUGGCAAGAAGCCACAUGCGCCACGAGGAUAUCCAGAAUACCCUCGCCAGCCAGAAAGUCCGCGAGGUGCGCGAGAAAGUCAAGAUGAUGUACUCCGCAAGAAGGAUGUCGCCGCCUGGAGAAGCAGACGACGCCGUGCAGCAUCUACCUAUGGAUUCUGGAUACAGCGGGAUGGAGAACGGCCAGAUCGUAAAUGGAGGUGGGCUCGAGCAUAACCUUGCUGCGUCGUCUCUCCUCGCACAUACACCACCCGAUUCAGACUCCCACACCGCAUCUGCCUUCUCGCCUCCUCCUGCAAAUGGUGCUCAAUCUCAAUCGCAGGACCCUCUCUCCUCCCACACCAACAACACCAAUAAUAACCCCUACUCCUCCUCCAACACCAACACCAACAUCACCCCCCUCUUCCCCGGCUCUCUCAGCCUCACCGGCAACGAAUUCGACGCCAACGUCGACCUGAGCGAUUUCCUCAAUUUCGACGGCGCAGGCGGCGCGAACGAUCUCUGGAGCUUGCCGCUCGAUGAGGGCGCGCAUGGAGAGAGUGGUGGAUUCAUGGGCGAUAUGAGUUGGGUUGAUCAGGGGCCUGGGUGGAGCAGGAUGCAUAGUCCUGUGCCUGGGGAGGACUUUUUCUCGUCUGCUGCGGUGGGUGUGGGUGUGGGAGCGGGGACGAAGGGUGGGGAGGUUGAUGUUGCGGCGUGAAAGAUGCGAGAUAUUUUGGAAGAGAUGGACAGAUGGACUCUACUAGGUGGUAUUAGACUGCUUCCCUUCUUCGGAUCAGGAUGAUGAGAUGGAAACUGGAGAGAUGAGAUGGGAUGAGACCGAAAACCGAGAGCCGACAAAGAAGUCCAGAGGAUAGAAUGGGAAGCGGAAAGAAUCGCGGUGGAUCCCAGAGACAAUCGUCCAUCCAGAGAAAUACCAGCGACCAGAUCCAUCAUGGAGCAGAGGCGCGAGGUCGAAAACGAAGCGAAGAGGAAAUCAAACAAACACCGCGGGGUGUGAAAGAAAGAAGUGAUAAUUUGGCUUCUACCCAUGUCUUGGAAGAAAUUUGGAUAGAUUGAUGGCUGGGCGCCUGUUUUUGUAUUUCAGCAAUAGAUCGACUGGUUUGGGCUGGGUUUGGCUGGCUGGCUGGCGUUAGGUUUUCUUGUUUUUGGAUGAGUUUAAAUGGCCGGCUGCUGAAGAUCUGGACUUUUGACCUGUUAUUUGGUUUUGGUUUUUGUUUUUUUUUGGGUUGUUGUGUUCCUUUGAUGGCUUUGGCUACCUUGUUUCUUCUUGUAUCGACAAUCAGAGAGUGUAUUGGCUCUCCUUGGAUUGGAUUCAUUGGAUCUGAGUCGAUUCGAUUUUCGUGAGCAAUAAGAGAUAUUCGCGAGCUUUUCGAUUUUUUUGCUUGCUUUGCUUUCUGGCUGGGUUGGCAGGUAGCCAGGCAGACAAACAGAUAGUAUACAGUACCCUGGGCGGCGGGGCCUGUUGGAAAUCAAAAAGUUUUUCUUUCCCCUUGAAUUGUAAAAAUUCAUAUAUGUAUGCGGUCUUUCGAAGGAGAAUUAGCUGGCGUGACAGCUUUCUUAAAUCUUGAAAUUGUGUUUUGAUUGUGAUCGACAUCCGCCCAUAAAAGCUAGGUGUGGUGCCGUAGUCGUAUGCUUGUCAAAUAAAAAGCUCAGCCUAAACGCCAUCCUUUCGUUGUGCCAGCUAUUCCCUCCAUCCAUUUCCUGGGUAUAUAUCUUCCCCCACUUCCCUCCUUAUUCUUCACCAAAAUCCUUCCUCUCUUCCUUGCUGUCUCCACC